CAUUAUUUAAUUCCAGGAUGUUUUCGACAAGACUCUUAGCACUCGUUUCUCUGUGUGCCUUGGUCUCUACCAAGGAGCACCCAGAUCUUCUUAAUACUUGUUUCGAUGCAAGGUACCACAAAGACACGCCCUCUCCAGAAGAAGAACUACACGGUCAGUGCGCACCAUGGAAAGACAGAUCCUGUUGUUAUUACAACACUACAAAGGCAUUCCACGAUAGUGAUGUUUGGCUUGGGUUUACAUACAACCAUUGCGGUCCUGACCAUUCACUCUCCGAAACUUGCAGGCAAUGGUUUAACAAAGAUAUGUGUUUCUACGACUGUUCACCAAACACAGGACCUUGGAUAGUAGACAACGUCAUACGUAUAAGAAACGAGCGAUUCAUGCAUGUGCCUUUCUGUGCGAGUCAAUGCAAUGCAUGGUGGGAAGCCUGCAAGAACGAGUUUACUUGUCAUGAUACUUGGGGCAAAGGAUUCAAUUACUCAACAGGGAUAAACACGUGCCCCAAUGGCAAAAUUUGCAGACCAUUUGCAGAAAUAUACGAGAAUGAUGCGACCACCUUUUGCGAGAAAAUAUGGUACUACUCCUGGAAAGUGGUUCCAGAUGACCAGCCUUGUAUGAAAAUUGAUUUUACUGGAAAGAACCCAAACGACGAUGUGACCAAAUUUUACGCCGGCCAGAGAAGCGGAGUUUUGGGCUAAAAUAUUUACAUUAAUCCACAUUUACGAAUCACAGUUAUAAGAAAAACUUUUAUUUUGUUUGCUGAUGCUUCAUUGUUCCUUGUGUUUGAAAAUAUUUUAUUUUACUGAUUUGAACUAUAUAUACGAGAACAUCAGCCACAAUGCAAUUUUAUUGUUCCUUUUACGACUCUUGUCUAGAUUUUGCUACUCGUUCAUGUUUAUUUAACAAAUAAUAAGUUACCAAGUGUGGUUUAUCGUAGAAUUACCCGUGUUUUGAGUUUUUAUGCGCAAGAAUGUGUCACGAAAGCCGUAGGCCUGAGUGAUAUAUUGUUUCGCAUAAGAACGAAAAACUCGGGUUAUUCUACGAUACAUCACACUUGGGAAAUUCUUAUUUCGAUUCUAACACGACAUACUAGUAUCAACAGUGUUAGAAAAAAUGGUAACUACUUUUUACGACAUAAACUACACUUCGUGCUACGCACCUGGAUUAUUCUAUACAUAGACGAUGACAUCACUACUUUGCACGUGCAUGGGUUAUCGCAAAAUAUCCGUUGAUUAAUUUUCUCCUAUGUGUAUAUAGGUUAUUUGCUGGUUCUGUUAGAAUAAUAUAUAUAUUAAUUAAACCAUAACUUGAUAGAAUUUCUAAGAAAUAUAUAUUGAACAAACCAGCUUGCCACCGAUUAGUUAUGUUGCCAAUAAAAUAAAAAAAAAAUCUUAAAAAUAGUUUAUUUUGUUGAUGGCAGAUCAAAUGUUCAACCUAAUCAUAAAUAAUAAUAACUUCAUAUGAAUUUACUCAUUGCACGACUUCAACCUUUUGUUGAAAACUCACAAAAAUGCAAAAACUGUAUAGAAUUUACAGACAGGGCGAUAACAUUAGGACGGUAGAAAAUGCGUCAAACCAGUAUAACGUCGUUUUCAUUUAAGAAAUAUAAAUCCAAUUCAUUUUGUCUACAGAUUGGCCUACUUUAUUUUCAUGGUAAUGAUAUAGUAAGAGUACAGAGACUGGGCUCACAGGAUGACAACAGUUAUCGGCUAGACAAUACAUGAUGUUUCGUGAAAGUGUCAAAAGCGUUUAUAAAAACGUCAAACAUUUGGGCUGUGAUAAGAGAAAUCCCUGCAGUUUGAAUGAUUGUCAAACAAAUAAUGGAUAGAUGUCUUAAAGGAAAACACACGGUCUAUGAGCGCAGCCUUCAUAAACCCUAUAUAGAAAUGUAUGUCUGGAUGUGUACAUAAGUAACAUAUUCAUACAAGAGGUGUAAAUCUUGUCUCAGAGAUUUCGAGUUUGAAUGGUAAUAUAUGCUUUUAUGAGUCGGUAGUUAAAUGAAAAAUAACAAAAAGAAACCUUUUG